AAUAAUGAUCUCCAUGCGUGUUCUCGGUUUGCUGCUGACAAUGGCCACGGCAUAUACGCCGUCCGACAGUCAGCAGUCACACGCGGUCCUACAGCCACCACGACACUGUGUAAAGGUUCUCAGUAAUCAAACCCAGGAAACAGAUUUAAACUGUAACGUACUCACGGGUACGGUAUGGACGUUCGAAUGGGUUCAACACUGGGCGAAGGAACAUGUGCAGUACGGACUAAAUGUAUACAUCAAGUGCGAGCCGAACAGCACGGUCAUCUUACGUCAGCCAAUCAAAGCUUUCCUUUUACGGAAGCUGGAUAUCAACUCAUGCGGUCUACGACAAAUGUAUGACUAUGAUUUGACAGCGGAUACUGCAGCUUUAGCCUUUACAGUCCGGACACUUACGAUUCAAGACUCUGUGUAUUUCAUCACGUUCAACGAGUUACAGGCCCUCUACAUAAAAUACAGUCGUGACGUCAUCUCCAAAUACCCGUGCUAUCUGCCGCCAUCCGUCGAGAAAUACGUAGAGCGAAAUGUUAGCGUAAAGUCGGAAGGAUAUGGAACCAAACAACAGCUUAUGGAACUGAGAGAGGCCUCUCGAAACCACAAGUUUAAGCUUCCACAAUGUGAGUACCAAGAAUUAAGAUACUAUGAAAAAUCGUUUUCACGAAAGAAUAAACUAAAUUUUGUGCGUAGAUUUUUAGAUAAAGGGAAAUUUCCAUCCCUUGAAGUUUUGAAUAUAUCCUCUUUGCAACUAGACAGGAUUCCUUCUGAGCUUUUCCGUGAACACUGGCCAGAGAAAUUCCCGAUGAUGAAAGUUGUGGACAUCUCAGCUAACAACAUUGGACAAAUACCGUUUGAGUUUCCACCUAGCUCACAGUGCAAUAUAACGGUGAACAUGACGAGAAAUAACAUCACUGUUCUCACGGAAUCAGCUCUCAAUAAACUUGAAACGUUUUAUCCUGGCAGAAUUCUACUACAAGACAAUCCCUUGUCGUGUGCGUGUAAACUUAAACCACUACUGCAUUUUGUGCGCUAUUCCGUGAAGCAAUUUGUUCAACAUUACGGCUAUUUGAGAAACCUGACUUGUCAAUCUCCUGUGAUCGUUCGGGGCCGCGCUGUGGGCGAUGUCUCGUUCAGAGAGGUCUGUCGGGACGAAGGGGAGGAGGAAGCAACAACUGUUGAAAACAUUCCGAGCUACGUCUUCUUCAUCACUCCACCGAUAUUCUUAUUACUAAUCACAGUAAUAAUGGUAUUUUUUCGCUUUCGAAAAGAGCUAAAAUUAAUAGCGUUUACCAGGUUUACUUUUAGGAGAAAUAGAACCAACCGGGAGGAUUUAGCUACAAAGGAAUACGACGCCUUUGUUUCCUACAGCUCCCAGGACGAGCUAUUUGUGACAAGGAUGUGUACCCGUCUAGAAGGACCACCCUACCAGUUCAAGCUAUGUCUACACUACAAACACUUCGUGCCGGGGCUUUGUAUAUCGCAAAACAUUAUCGAAAGUGUCGAGAGGAGUAGUCAUACUAUCAUGAUUCUCUCCAACAACUUUAUUGAAAGUGAAUGGUGUAUUUUGGAAUUCCGCAAAGCGUUCCACCAAAGUUUGAUUGGGCACAACAAACAUUUGAUUGUGAUACUACUGGAGGAUAUUGAAAACGACUGUCUACAACCGGAUAUGACGUAUUUUCUACAGACACAUACCUAUCUCCGCGCGGACGAAUACCUGUUUUGGGACAAACUUGUAUAUACACUGUCGAACAAACGAAUCGACCGCGACAAGAACGCAUUUUCUGUUGAUAUGGCAUGCGCAGGUAAAGACAAGAAAAAUAGUCGCCCAUUUAAUAGGGGUGAUGAGAUUAAAGAACUCGACGCAACCAUACCUUUAAGUUCUACUUAGAAAUAACGUUCGUGUGACAAAUACUCUCAGGGAAGUACAUGGAGGAAACUAACUGUAUCGUCCCGAAGGAUCAAAUGUGCCUUUAUGGGACAAUGUUCAAACUUCGGUAGAGACAGCUCUUAGUUACUGUUCUAACAUUAUUUAACUAGGUGAUAUUGAUUUGUUUAAAGUACGAAAUCCUAGGCUCAACGAAAUAAUUUUCCUGUUCAACAUAAUAAAUAUAUUAGAUGAGCCUACCCGAGUUACUGCUAACUCAAGUACACAUAUUGAUCCGAUAGUUGUAAAUGCUCUGUCAAUGUUCUUGAAGCUGCUGUUAUCCCUGUCGGCAAUAAUAUUACUAGAUGUAGAAAACUGUACAAUAGAUGUAGAAAACUGUACAAUAGAUAUAGAAAACUGUACAAUAGAUGUAGAAAACUGUACAAUAGAUGUACAAUAGAUGUAGAAAACUGUACAAUAGAUGUAGAAAACUGUACAAUAGAUGUAGCAUGCGACGGGACUGGAAAUGUCAUUAAGGGUUUCUUUGGUUAUCUUAAUAAUAGUGUUUGCAGACAGGUAUCAUGUUGAUAAAUGUUUGUCUCCCCACAUAACUUCAAACUUAUCAUGCAGAUAUAUAGUUGAGUGUGGUUUGGACAUCGGGGUCAAGAAUACAGACUGGUAUUUUGUUUUCAUUUUGGAUUUGAAGCAGCUAAUUUGUUUAAAUGAUUGGCCUGUUAGAAUUGACAAAUUCUGAAAGAAUAUCAGUUCUGUAUGCUUUCGUUUUGCCCAUUGUCUGGCGUCAUUUUCCAAAGAAUAAAACAUUUGAAUGUUUGAAGCACCACUGUGCAUAUAUAAAAUAAAA